CCACGUGUGGCAGUCGUUGCGUUCUUCCAUUGCCAUCGGGAAUCGGCAUUCCUCGCUCGACUCAAGCAUCUGAGCGGGAAAUGUGAGAUUCUUGAAGGUAAUGGCAGUCCGACGAAGACGGCAAUGUGUGAGUGACAGUGGUUAUGGACGUCUGCGCAUCUUGAUGAGUAUGGCGAUGCGCUGUACGGACUUGAAAUGAUUGAAAUGACAACUGUGUCCUAGUGUCAGACACCACAAUCAAUCCCCACAGUCGGUCGUCACUGCAGAGUGCAUCUGCAUCGGCCGCCCCUGGGCAUCCAUCAUCAGUCAUCUUGUCCAAAAGUCGUGCACUGACCUAACGUAGCCAGUGCCAUGACAGAUCCGAUAAAUGUCGAUGGAAUGACAUGCAGCGAGUGAGUAGGCGAGCGUAAAGCAUUGGCUCAGCAAACCAGCUCACUCUGCGCGUGUCUUCCUCUCUCCCUCUCUCUCUCUCUCUCUCAGACACACACACACACACCCCACCACUACAUGCCUCUCUCCGCUUCCUUCUUGCCGUGUCUCGCAUGCUGCUGCUGUGAAUGACGACAGCCAGCUGACCCUUUUAAUUAUGGUCACCGCCAUUUUGGCCCAUACCACCGCGACCUGUCGUUUCUGAAGCCGGUAAUUGCAAAACCGCAAAAUCGGCCCGACACACACCACACACACACACAGGACAGACCACCACACUCACAUCGACACAUCAGCAGCGCAAAAGCAUCAAGCCCAAAAGUCAGCAGACAUAUACGGCACACCACAGACCAUACCCAGACCCACCAAGGAACCGCUCGGCCGACAGGUUCCCCCCUGUGGCUACCGAGACACUCAGUUAGCGCUCCAGGUCUUGGUCUUGGGGGGAAGGUCGUUGAGGAAGUCGAACCUCGGCCCGAUGUAGCAGGGAUCGUCCGCCGUGCCCCAGUUGCUGAUGUAGGGCGCGUGCACGUCUGAUAUGAAGAGUGCCCGCUGGCAAGGGUCCGUCUCAUCCUGUAUGCCGGUCUCGAUGGACGGACCAUGGCCACACUGGAUGUCGUUGAACCUGAUGCAUGCAUGCCGAUCGCACCACGGACAACACAGGCAACGUGUAAGCAAGGUGAUGAGAGGCCUUGCUUGCUUACACGGCUUCCACUUGGAAGUCCUCGCCCUGUAUGGCGGCGCGCUGUUCGCAGAGCUCCCGGAUGCUCCACUCCCCCGGACCAGCAAAACCCCCCCUGAGCAGAUACAUACAAGGCAAGCGAUACGGUUUCUCUGAGAUGCCGUCGCUUCUUCUACGCUUCCAUCCCACCAUCCACGGUGACCUACCGAAGGUUCAACUUGCCGACAUCGUGAUCGAAGGGCGUAGGAUGAUCCGUCGAGUAGCUGCAGAUGCCUGCAAUGAAUGCACGACAAAACAGGCCCCGCUGCUGGCUGCAAGUGAGGGAUUUGGUCUCUGGUGCAUGCCUACGUACAUCGGCCGUUGAUGACGACGCUGACACAAACACACCAUACACAGGGAGGGAGGGAGGGAGGGAGGAUUGCUGCACUUUGGUUGCGCCACGUGUCGAUCCUGUUCACCUGUCCACCAUGAGCCACAUGAAGUUGGUCACCACGCGCGGAUGUCGAUAGCGAUUCGGAUCUUCGCCCGUCAUGGCAGGGUCUUGCCACAGUGGUGGCAGCGACUUGAUGUACCUGUCAGACAUACGUUAACUCAUAGCGCAACGGCAGGCAGAGUCUGUCGGUCUCUCAUGAAACGAACUGCGUGAUGUACCUGUCCACCGCUGUCCUCCCGGGAUUUUGCCAGCCGGGAUCCUCCCAGGGAGGCGGGGCGACGACAGCCCAGUGGGGUGGUUGUGGAGCGCUCACCGUGGCCAGCACGAGAAAGAACACGGAUGUGGCAAAAGCGUGGACAGCCAUGCUCUCGCCGGAAGCCGCCAGAAAGAAAAGGC